UAAUAACGCGUGGUCCAGUGCAGCCUUUCAUGAAAGAAGAAGGAGGAGAACAUUCUCAUUCGCUCUCUAUUGGCGCGGAAGUUGCUCCAGGAAAGUCCUUAUUUUUUAAAACUAUUUGCCCCGUAGCUCUGGGUAACUUUUCAGAGGCACUUGCUGUUUACUGACGGUGCUGUGUGCAGCAUUAGCCUCUGUGACUCAGUGUAAUGUAACGCAUUGUGUUAUUAGAGACCGCUGGCGGGUCGUUAGCUCAGCUCUGGAUUGUUUUCUUUCUUUCUUUCUUUUUUUUUUAAGCUAGCUUUAACUUUGACUAGCCUUUAGUUUUAGCUAGCUGCAUGUAGCAAUUGCUAAUUAGCUUGAGCGCUACAGAAAAAAACAAAUAUUAGGCGUUUCCCAAAGUGUUUACCGAAUUCGGUGUCCUUUUAAACACAGCGUUUGUUUCUUUGUGUUUGUGCAGUAAACAGCUACAGAAAUAGCUUGCUAGCUAACUUGAGGUGUUUAGGUUGCUGCAGGGAAAAAAAGAAGAAAAAAAAAAGUUGACAUUGCUGGUUGUGAGUUGUUCAGCACAUCUGUUUCAGUGUAAGAUUCACCUCACCGACGGAUAUUAGAAGUGGAGUUGAAUAAAAACACGGACCAUGCUCGGGGGCUGUGGUAUGAAAGUGCAGGAGAAGGCGGCCCUGAGGAAGAACUCGGUGGCACUUUGUAGAGAGCUGGUGGUGGACGAGCUGCUCAUUCAGUAUUUGCAGGCUGAAGACAUUCUCACUGAAGCCAUGGCAGAAAACAUCAUGGCGGAGACAACAUCCCAAAAGAGGAGCUGGCGUUUGCUAGCGCUACUCCCAAAACGUGGCCCUCGAGCUUUCAGCACCUUCUGCGCAGCUCUUAAAGAGACCGAGCAGGAGCACCUGUCCAACUUGCUGAUUCGGUUCAGAAACCGAGAGAGCUCACCUACACAGAGUGAGAGUGAAAUCUCUUUCACACAGGACAGCUCACCUGCUAAGAAAAGGAGAGACCAGGAGAAGUUUGCAGAGCCGAAUCUUAUGCUUCCAACUGAAGAGAGUGCAGUACUUGCUAAAAGAGCUCGCACCCAGGAGUCUAUGGAGAUGUGCUUAGAUGCUGACAGUCCUGUGACCAGUGCUGUGCUCCCCUGUACGCAGGAGUUCUAUCUGUCUCACUGUGCACAGGCUUACCCAAUGAGGUCUAGUCCACGUGGUCGUGCACUGGUGUUGAGUAACGUGCACUUCAAGUGUGAGUUAUCAGAGCUGGACACACGGAGAGGAGGAGAGGUAGAUGAGGAGGUGCUAAGGAGACUCUUUACUGAGCUGGACUUCACAGUGAGCCUGCAAAAAAAUCUCACUGUCCAGGCCAUGCAGACCUGUAUAGAGCAGUUUGCUCGGCAGCCGGAGCACGCUGUGUCUGACUGCUGUGUUGUGUGUUUGCUGUCUCAUGGAGUGGAGGGCUCCGUUUACGGCGUUGAUGGGAAGCUGCUGGAGUUGGACUGGGUGUUUGAGAGGUUUGAUAACGCACGUUGCCCCUUGCUUCAAAACAAGCCAAAAAUGUUCUUCAUUCAGGCCUGUAGAGGAGAGGAGAUGGACUGUGGUGUGGACCAGUUAGAUGGUGAUGAUGCGAUGCAGCCUACAGACUGUGAGCAGAGCGAUGCAGGGAGAGAGGACAACCUUGACAGACAGAACAGAACAAAUGAAGAGGGCAAGAGACUGCGAGUGAAACUGCCCCAGAGAUCCGACAUGAUCUGCGGUUUUGCCACUCUCAAAGGUUUCAGCACUGCUGCAAUGAGGAACACAAAGAAAGGCUCAUGGUUCGUUCAGGAACUCAACACAGCUAUGAGACAGAGAGCCAGUGACACACAUUUAUCAGAUAUACUGGUGCAGGUGAAUAACCGGAUUAAGGAGAGAGAAGGCCAUGCUCCAGGUUCAGCACACCAUCGCUGCAAAGAGAUGUCUGAAUUCACUAGUUCACUCUGCAAAGACCUCUACCUCUUUCCCAAGUACUGUCCAAGUCACUAGACACAAUAAUAAACGGUAGCAGGCUCAUUCCAUAAAACAGACACACAGGACUCUGCUCUGUAAAUAGUAUUUGUUUCUUCUGGACCAUCACAGUAACCCAUUCCAUUUUGUUUUUCACUUUAUAACCAGUUUAAACUAAAAACAGAGUGUUUUUACACAUAUUUUACGUGUAUACAUAUAUAUAUAUAAAAGAGGAAUGGUUUUGUAUGAAUUCAAGAACAUGAGCACAUAAUCAGUUAUUUGUAAAUAUCAGUAAUUAUUUUCUAUAUACAUUUCCAUGUAUUAGAAAGCUGAAGCCAAUAUUUUGGCCAAUGAAAUUACCUUUUUUUAUUCUGUUUCUUUUGGGGGAUUUUCUUUGAUAUGCAUUAAUCACAAGUUUAUUAACUAUGGUGUACCCCUUUUUAACACAUUAAGAUCUAUUUUUGUUAGUUUUGUAGGAAAUAUAUGGACUUUGUACAGUUUUUAUCUUUUUAGCUCAUUUUACUUUUUUUUCUAGUUUCUUUCUUUUUAUUAGUUAUUCUUGAUCAAAUGCUUUUGUGUCAGUUUUUGGCAGAGCCAAUGCCACACACCGAUAAGCACUUCCUCGUUACCGUCAAUCCACCGAACUCUUUUUUUUCCCCCCCAUUUACACUGAAUCAGUAAAUGCACGCUGAGUUUCAGUUCUGCUCUGCUCACCUGCAGUAUUCCACACCACUAUUUUUGUGGUGCAGCGUGUUGCAUUGUAUCUACUUCUGUUUGUACAAAUAUAGUCUUUUUUUAAAUUCGUAUGACUCAGACCAAUAUUUUAUUAUAAAAACCUAGACUUGGUCGACAUUGAAAAGCUUUGGAGGCAGCAAAGUGUGUGUUGGUAUCACCAUAGUCUUUGUAGCAUUCUGUUACCUUAUUACUGUUUUAUUAACCAGCUCAUUUUCCACCUGAAAAUGUAGUUGUUUCCAUUUUUCUCUGUCACCAGAGGGCAGUAGAGGUCUAGAAGUAGUGCUUAGAUUGACACUUUUACCACUUCAACUCCUGACUCAAGGCUGAAGAUUGAAGACAUUAAAGGACCAUUCUCACUCUCAAAGGUGUUUCAAAGAUUCAGUGUUUUAUAGUCAGUACAGUAAUUGCCCCGGUCUGCAGAUUUCCCUCGCUCACUUUAGUGCAAUGGAUAGUGAAGGAGAGAAGCUUUGCAAAGCUUCACAUACAGUAAUGGCGCUUUAACGCACGCUUUAUUUUGCACACUUUGACACUCCUAGUGAACCAAAUCACAUAUGUUUGCCUGUCAGGAGUCACAAAUCUGUAACAUAGUUUAUCAUUUCAUUUCUAAUUUGUCCUCUUUCACACAUCUGACUCUUUUAUAUCAUCCACCUGCAAGCUACUUUGACGUGGCAGAAUAUCUUGUACAUGGUAUAAUAAUAUUUUACUGAUCGAACGAACGUUAUCAAAGAUAUAAAUAUUUUCCAUAUUCUGCCAAGUGUGCAUCUUUCUGGUGCUUAAGUAGAAUUUUUUACACUGGAUUGAAAUGUUUAUAGGGAGAAAUUAACUUUUACUUUGGAAUCAUUGUGUUGUAGAUUCCAAGAGAUGCAAUGCUUAUUGAUAAUGCCUUCCUUUUGUGCAGGAAGUGCUUUAAUGUUACCCUCAAGUGUUAAAACACAGAGAGAUAAAUUUCAGCAUCCCAGUUGAUAGACUCAGAGCACUAUUGAUUUCCUGCUUCUGUGGACGUAGUGCUGUCAUGGUUCAACUCCAACUUAGACCAAAUAGUAACGUGCAGAUAGUUUUAUAUAUGUGUGAGGAUGACUAGUGAAUCAGUAAACGACUUCAUUUAAAAAAUGAACCCCAUUCUGAGAGUAUUAAUAUAAGAGCAUCCAGACAGCACUUCCCCCAUUUUAUACAUUUUAAACACGACAUAUAAUAGUGUCUUGUUCUGUGCCACAUACUUUUUUGUUAAUAUUUUUAGGGAGAUGAUUCGAAAGUCGACAUGGAAUAAAUUACAAUUGAGCGACAGUCCAAUUAUGACCAGCUCCACUCUGCGGUCUUAUGAGCUAUUAAAAAUAAUUGAGACCCUGGAAGUGCAAAAAAAAAAAUAAUUUAUUAUAUGGUGCAUUUUCUAUUCAGUCUCAUUACUGAAAAGAUCUCAUUACUAGCUGAGCUUUGUACAUUUUAAGCUAACGGUUCAAUUUGUAAGUGAAUAUUUGAUUGUUAUUCACUGCCGUUAAUGUUGUAAGUCCUGGAUGGUGCUGUGGACAGUGCUGUCAAUAAUUUGUGAUAUUUUUGUAUAAAAAAAACUGUCUAUUUGAAUAAAAACUGCAUUGUUGAAAAACACAUUUGUAAAGAUAGAA